AUGGUGUUUAAAUCUAAAAAAUCUACCAAGAAGCCGGUUGAAAAAACCCGCAAAGAAUUGCGUAAAGAAAAGCGACAGCAAAAAAAGGUAAAUCGUGCUCAAUAUUAUUCAAAUAAAAAAAAAGUGUUAGCAAGUAAAGACACAAAUUUAGAUGAUUCAUUAAUUAAAAAUGAAAAUAAUAAUAUUAAAACUGAUAUUAUUGUUAAUAAAAAGCCAAAAGUUGUUAAAAAAGUAAAAACUGAUGAGGCUUUGAUAAAAGAAAAAUUAAGACUUAAAAAAAAGCGCGAGAAACGUGCUGAAAAACAACGGCUGAAGCAGAAAAGGGAGCUGCUGCUAGAAGACCAAGAAAAGGAGGACAAGAUGAUCAGGCAGUUGGAGAAAAAAUUGAAGCUCAAUAAACGCAAGAGCAAGAGCGUUCCCAAGUCAUUUGUUGAUGAUGGAUUGGAUUACCUUCUGGACUUUUGCAGUGAAAAAAGUUCUUCAGACAAGAAGGUAGAUUACAAGUGUGGGUUGAUGAAGAACGCUUUGAUGGAGUUUGACAGCGAUGAUAAUCUGAGUGAUGAUGAGCCUCCAGCUAAGAAGAAAAAAUCAAAGGUGAUUUCUGAUGCUGAAGGUGAAGAUGAAGAGUUGGAGAUUGAUUCUGGGAGUGAGGAGGACUUUGGUGAUGAGUUUGAUGGUUCUGAAGAAGAAUCAGAAGUUGAAAAAAUUAAUAAAUCUAAAUCGAAAGAUUUAAAAAUUGAUAAAAAAUCUGUAAUUAAUUCUGAGAGUGAUGAUGACGAUUUUGGUGAUUCUGAGGAUGAAAAAAAUGAUAAAUCUGAAUCUAAAGCUUUGAAUGUUGAUAAAAAAUCUAAAAUUAUUUCUGAAAGUGACGAAGAUUUUGAUGAUGAUGAUGAUGAUGAUGAUGAUUUAGGUGAAGAUGAAGAAGAUAUUGAAGACAAUAAAAGUAAAAAAAAUUCAGAUGGAACAUGGGAAGAUAUCUACGGACGUAAGCGAGACAAAGAUGGUAAUAUAAUUAACGAAAAAGCUAGUUCUGGUAAGUACAUACCACCAGCAAUUCGUUUAAAGCAGCUGGAAGAGUCGACAGCCCAUCAAGAAAAAUUACAGCAACUGCGAAAGCAAAUGAAAGGACUAAUCAACCGACUGGCUGAGCAUAACAUGCAUUUUAUUUCCACUCAAAUUGAGGACAUGUACAUGUCAAACAGUAGACAUGACAUGAAUGAGAUGCUGACAAAACUAAUGACAGAGUCCUUGGUGUCCCCGGUGCUGACUCCAGAUAGCCUGGUGGCCGAAUACAUGCUGCUAGUGGCGAUUCUCCAUGCAAACGUAGGAACCGAAGUUGGAGCCCACUUUCUGCUGUCUCUGAUUAGAAAAAUAAAUGAGAUGCUUGGAGAAUCUCAGGAUGUGGAGAACAAAACUCUAGACAAUUACGUCUUCAUGCUGUCACAUUUGUAUAAUUUUAAAGUCUUUGGAUCUCAGCUGCUCUUCCAGAUUCUGCAAAAGUUAGCUGAAAAAUUCACGGAGAAGGAAAUAGAGUGUAUUUUGUUAAUUUUAAGGACGGUAGGAUUUUUGUUGAGGAAAGACGACCCACUUGCUUUGAAAGAGCUGAUCAUUAAUUUACAGCAGAAAGCCUCAGCUGGCAAAGAGACAAGUUCGCGAGUCCAGUUUAUGUUGGAGGUUUUGAUGGCGAUUAAAAAUAACAACAUGAAAAAAAUUCCUCAGUACGAUACGUCGCAUGUAGAACAUUUGAAAAAAUUACUGAAGAAUUUCCUGCACAAGGGAAACAGCGUCACACAGUUUAACAUCUCGCUCAGCGACUUGUUGAAUGCCAAUGAAAAGGGUAAGUGGUGGAUUGUCGGUUCUGCUUGGUCGGGAACCAUCGACAGCACGAAUAAACCCACCAAAGACAAAAAUUUCGAUGGUGGUAUGCAGUUCAGUCAGCAGAUUUUAGAGCUUGCGCGCAAACAGCGAAUGAAUACUGAUGUCAGGCGUAAUAUCUUUUGUAUUUUGAUGAGCGCUGAAGAUUAUUUGGACGCUUUUGAAAAAAUUCAACAUCUGGGCUUGAAAGAUCAGCAAGCCAGGGAAAUAAUUAACAUUAUUAUGGAUUGCUGUUUGCAGGAAAAGAAAUUUAAUCCUUACUACGCGGUUCUUGCGCAAAAAUUUUGUAAUUAUGAUCGCAAAAAUCAGAUGACACUCCAAUACUCGCUGUGGGACAAGUUCAGAGAAUUGGAUGACUUGAACAAGGUACAGUUGAACAAUCUGGCCAAGUUCUUGACGCAUUUGUUUGUCGAAAAAGGCCUGGCUUUGUCGGUUUUGAAAGUCAUCUCCUUUGCUGAGCUGGACAAGCAGACAAUGAAGCUAGUGCGACAGAUAAUGCUCGGGAUUUUGCUCCACGAUGAUGUAGAAGCUUGCACCCAUGCGUUCGAGCGAAUAUCUCUAGCACCGCAAUUGCAGAAUUUGAGAGAAGGCCUGCGUUUGUUUAUCAGUUAUUUCUUGGCCAAGUAUGCUGAAGCGCAAAAAUUGCCGGAGAAGUCUGUUAAGAGGCUCAAGGAACGUACGGAGCUGGUGGAAAAAAUUCUGUAUGGCCGGUCUUCUCUUUUGUAG